AUGGAUGGAAACUACUGGAUGGAGGAGAAGGAGCAGGAGUGCAGCUCAGGUGAAGGUGGAGAGAUCUCUGAGUAUGAAGAGGCUCAAAGCAAGAGGUGCUGUUUCGAGGGGGACCUGAAGAAACAUGAGCAUCUGAUUUCGGAGCUCAUCGGACAGAUUGAGAGACUCCAGUGUGAAAUUCAGAAAGUGCAAAAGGAGAAUGAAGAACUGCAGAAGGCCAUUUGCGAUGCUACGGAAGGAGGCGAUUGUGCCCUCAAAGACGCCCAGCAGAAAUAUGCUGAGCUGGCAGAGGCGCUUCGGAAAGGCAAGGAUGCGCUGGUGUGCCUGUUCCGUGACUACCAGGAACUCCUGAUUGUGAAGAUGGCCCUAGAUAUUGAGAUUGAGACCUACAAAAGGCUAAUGGAAGGGGAAGAGGACAGGAUGUCCAAGGACUGUGCAAGCUCAGUCACGGUAACCAGUGCCUCAGGCUGUUCCCAGAAUGCUGCAAGACAAGGAAGCGGAUGUGAAUGCAGUACGCAGGAUGCCAGCGCUUGUGGAUCUGGAAUUGCACUGUCUGCUAUCAGACGUAGCAAGAGUGGGUAUCAAGGUGAACGACACUCCACUAACUACGGGAAGUCACGCAAAAUGAAGACCAAGUAGAAAAUGACCUGGAACAAUGGCCAUGUUUGAUGCUCAUGACUCUGCCUGCUGUCUCUCAAACAGCAGGAAAGGAAAGCUUAUCUAGGCUUGUAGUGGUGUGGGUGAAGGUCAGCUGGCUUAAGCUUCAAGGGGUGGGCUACAGAUAGCCAGGGUGGCUUCAGAUAUUGUGUGACAGCAAACACAUGGACACACAGUGGGCAUUGCUGCCAGUGCCCGUUUCCUGACACAUCUGUCUGUAUAAUUCAUGUGUUUGCAAUCACACAUCAGUCACAUGCAUGCCUUAUGUUUUUUGAUAGGUACAUAAUUGGGAAAGUAACAUGCGAAGUGGCCCAUAUGAUGUCCUCAGCACGUAUGCCUGGAGAUUGGGAUGGUGUACUUGACUCCCUGGCUCAAAGCAAACACAUUUCCCCCCUCUGUGUCAGUGGCAACCACUUUUGGCUUGUGGCAAAACAGACUUUCUGAAUAGUUCCCUGGAAGUAGGAACUGCAGUUUUGUGUUCUCCCCAAUCUGUGUUGGGCUGCAGCUUUCAAAACAGCAAGUUCUGCUUGUGACAAUAAGUCAGAGAAUCUAUUCAUCACAAGCAGCUGCCACAGGCACACACAUAAACAUCGUCAAGCCCACCCCCUAUUCCUGUUGGAUUGGCAUAAUAAGCCAAAUUGUUUUUGUUUGUUUUUUGUUUUUUAAAAAAAACCACAGAAAAUAUCUUGGAUUGUGUUUGAGCGAAUUCAAAUUUAGCCUUCAAACAUCCUCAUCCCUUCCCUUUAAAAAACUAUUUCGCAGCCCAGUGAAGCCAGUAGUAGUAGCAGCACUAUUGCCACGGGAAGGGGGGGCAGUUUUCCCUCCCUCUCAUUUUUUAGCAUGCUAAUACUUUUUUCAUGAUGAAAGGUCCCAAUGGUAUUUGGGAAAUGUAGUUUUCCCAAAGGCUACUGCAGUGUCAAUAGCCUUUAGGAAAACAACAUUUCC